AUGUUGGGAGACGACAAUGCGAAUGAUCUUAUAAAUUCUGAUGUAUUCAAAGGAGGGUUUUCGGACCUCAAUCAUCAAGAUUUUCAAAGUGUAUCCAUUUCAUCAGAUCCUACAACAGCAAAUGCUAACGCUGAAUCGGAAUCUGAAACCCAUGCUUACCCGGAAGGGGUGAACGGUAAUACUUCUUCAGCUCCGCUUUUUGAGGCGAAUCGCUCUAUUGCUGAAGAAACAAUGAACUCGUCGACUAGUUCUACAAAAGGCCGAGAGCCUACAAGCAAGGAUGAUCAGCAACUAUUAAAAAUACGAAUUAUAGAAAUUGAAGCUGAGAACGCGAAAGAUCCUGUUGUCAAGAUGAAUAUGUGGGCAAAUAUUCAUGGGUAUCGCUCAAAAAUUUACAAAAACGUGCGAAGGACUCAUGGAGAAAUAAAUAAACUCGCACGGUAUUUCAUGUUUACUCAUCCAGAAUGUCUAAUUCCUGCUGUUCCAGAGAUUUUCACUUCAGCUGGCAUUGGUAGUAAAGACGACAUGCAGUACAUGGUGAACGGCUUACAAGCUUGGUUGGACUAUGUUGCAGCAAAUCCAAAUUUGCUUCAUGAUCCAGAAUUAAAAUUAUUCGUUGAAAGUGAUUAUGGUUAUUCUCCGUUAGUAAACACUGGAAAUCCUACCUCUGGUCUUAAGAGGAAAGCACUGAAACAGCUUCCUUUGCCUCCGGACUCUUGUGAGGAGUUGGCGACGUUGCGCCCAAUAGUUAAAUCAUUCUACAAUAAUACCAAAGAUGCUGAAAUGAAACUCAAAAAGCUAGUUGCAAGAAAGCAAGCCUUAGCACAAUCGCACAUCGAAUUGGGUCAAAGCAUGAUUGACUAUGCUUCUGCUGAAGAUCAUACAGGUAUGGCAAGUGCCAUUAAUCGCUUAGGGAAAAUGCUUCAAUCUUUAUCUGAUGUUCGAUUGAUGCAGUCUACUACGCGACUCGUUACGUUUGCCGAUACCCUUUCUUAUGCUUCCAAUAAUGCAUUUGUUGCAAAGGAAAUUCUCUCAAAUAGACACAUCUUGAUGCGAGAUUUAAUUACUGCACAAAAUCAAACAAAUUCUUGUCUUUCUUCUGCAAAUCGUCUGCAAAGUAAUCCAAAGAUAAGUAAGGCACGUACAGAUGAGGCUCUGGAUGCUCUUGAAAUAUCAAGACUAAAUGAAAAAGAACUCUCCCAUAAAUUGGCUUAUGUCACAUUGAAUUUACUUAAUGAAUCCAAAACGUAUAAAAAACAAACUUCUACUACAUUACGGGUGUCUAUUCGUGAUUUUGUGGAAAAGGAGGCUUACUACGAGCGUCGAGUUUUAGCUACUUUAGAGUCCAUGCGACCUUACAUACGAAAUAUUGAUAAUAUGGGAGGCUUGUCUCGUCUGGGCCGCGAAGGAUUGCCUCGUAGAUUAAGUAUUCCUCCUCCUAGCCAAAAGUUAAAUCAAGAUGCUUGGAACAAUCGCAAGCGUUCUGGUUUUUCAUACAAGUCAGAUCUCUCUUCACAUGCUGGCAAUGGAUCUUCGAGCGUAAGUGAAAAUACCAAUGAUGGAGACGAUGUUGUAGAAAGGCAUCGAGGAACUGAUAAGCUGGAUCCCAAGAGUGUUGCUACUUUAUUAAACGCUAUUUAG